CUGGAGCUACUGACCUGGCACGUCGCUGGAGCAGCGAGACGCCCUCAGGCAAGACGCGUGGGGGUCUAGAAAACCCUAGAGCCGUGUGUCUGAAACUUGCCUGCUUGUAAGACUUUCCAGGGGCACUUGUUAAAAUGCAGAACCCUGGACAUCUCUAGACACUGAACUAGAAUUUCCAGGAAAACGGUCUGGAAGUUUAGAUGUUUAACAAAUGGAUUCGGAAAGUUGGGCAUAAACAAUACCUAAAUCUACUUUUUGACAUGAUAUCAGAACAGAGCUAUUGCUGAGAGUUUGAUUUAUAGAGGAAUUAUGGUUCAUCUGACCGUGGAUCUAAUUGCCAAAAACAGCAGUUUUAAAGCCCGGAAAGAAGAAACUAUUUCACAGCACCUGAAGAAAAUAACUCAUAUAAAUUUUUCAGAUAAAAAUAUAGAUGGAAUUGAAGACCUCUCUCUUUGUAAAAAUCUCAGUGUUUUAUAUUUGUAUGAUAAUCGUAUUAGUCAAAUUACAAACUUGAAUUUUGCCAAAAAUCUGACACACCUGUAUCUACAAAACAAUUGUAUUUCAUGUAUAGAGAACCUCAGAUCAUUAAAGAAACUGGAAAAAUUGUAUCUGGGUGGCAAUUACAUUGCUGUCAUAGAAGGUUUAGAAGGAUUAGAAGAACUAAGAGAGCUUCAUGUUGAGAGUCAGAGGCUUCCCCUUGGAGAAAAGCUUCUGUUUGAUCCCAGAACUCUUCAUUCUUUGGCAAAAUCCCUCUCUAUAUUGAAUAUCAGCAAUAAUAAUAUUGAUGACAUAAGAGACUUAGAAAUAUUGGAGAAUCUUAAUCAGCUCAUAGCAGUUGACAACCAACUUCUACACGUGAAGGAUUUGGAGUUCUUACUCAACAAGUUUAUGAAGUUGCAGAAAAUGGAUCUAAAUGGAAAUCCUGUUUGUCUCAAACCAAAGUACAGGGACAGACUGAUAUUGGUGUCCAAAUCACUGGAAUUUCUAGACGAAAAAGAAAUUAAACAAACGGAAAGACAAUUUCUAAUGAACUGGAAAGCAUCCAAAGAUGCCAAGAAAAGCAAGAAGAAAAAAAGCAUGAAAAAUGAAGAUGCAAGCAACUCAUAUAUAAGUAACUUUGAAACAAUGCAUCACAUAGUUCCCGUUUAUUACCCACAGGUGGGUAAGCCAAAAUUAAUCUUUUUCUCUGAAAUACAAAGAUCCUUUCCAAAUGGAAAUACACCUCUAGAAAGAUCCCAAGAAGACACAAAGACCAAAAUUACCAAAGAGAUGGGAAAUCUCUCUUUGAAGGAGUCUUGAAGCUUGCUGACAAAAAGUUAUAUACAUGAACCUCACUUUCUCCAUAACCCCAAAGAAAAAGAAAAUUUAUUUGUGGAAAAUCAGUAAAUUCUAAAGUUAUCUGAAAAGUUUGAUUUUUUAAAAUUUAUAGUUAAACUUUAUAAUACUAGACAAAAAUUCCUUUGUAGGUUUGUAUUUUCCUGGUGUCAUCAUAUAAGAAAAGCUUUACCUUCUUGUUUGAUUUUGCUUCUUGAUAGAAUCUGAAACAUUGCUUUCCACGUGUGAAUUCAAGGAUCUAGUUGCUUUAUUCCUCCUUACAUGCAAUUUACUGGGAAAAUAAAG